UGGGUCGAGAAGGGGCGGUGUUUGUGACCGUUGGAUCAGAUGACCGUUUGUGGUUCAAAAAACGUUACAUAUAGAAUCCGGGCCGAUUGGUUUCCAUAAGGCCCAAUUGUAGUUUGAAACGACGCCGUUGGAAAUCACGUUUCGUCCUCGUCGUCGUCGUGCCCCGGAAGCGGAUCGAUCUCUCCCUCCGUCCUCGCUUUUCAUUUUUUCCAUAUUCACCGGUAAAUCCAUCUUCUCUCGUCGAUUCACUUAUUUCCUAUCGAAGAGAAGAAGGUCGGAUUUGCCUCUCGGAUCUUGAUGGCUUCUACUAGCAGAUCAGAUUCUGUCGAAGAAGACGAAGAUCCAGAAGCAGAGCUGGAACGGUUCGAUGAUUUCACUCUAGCUUCUUCUUGGGAAAGGUUCAUUUCCGACAUCGAAGCAACUUGUCGCCAGUGGUUGGCCGAUGGUCCGAAAAACUUGCUGGAAAAGGGUGCAAUUCGUCUCGAGGAAUCGGAGUAUCUGUACAAGGUCAAAUCUGACCUGAAAAGUGCCACAAAAAGUUAUUGCAUGGAGUUCUACUUCCAGAUUGAAAAUGGUGGUAGUCGGGAAGUUAGAACUGCUGAUUGGAACGGUAAUUCACAUGAUCUCCAGAUGUGCUUUGGGGUAAAGGACUUUCUGUUAAUUGCUCCACAAAGUGCUAGUGGGGUGGUUCUUGAUGCACCGGAGUCUAGCAAGCUUUUGAGUUCUGUUGCUAUUGCUUUGUCUAACUGUGCCAGCUUGUGGCCAGCAUUUGUUCCUGUCCAUGAUCCUUCACGGAAAGCAUAUAUUGGAAUCCAAAAUAUGGGAACUGUUUUUACCAGAAGAUUUGAAGCAGAUCGUAUCGGUAGCCAAGUCCCGGUGAAACUCAUGCAUCUGGAAGGACUAUAUGAGUUGUUUGUUUCUAAGUUUGUUUAUUCUUCGGUGGACUUCGCCAUGCAUAUUUUCAGAGUUCAUUUCAUGAUGAGGCUGACCUACCAAUCCUUCCCUUAUGAUGAGGAUGACGAGGAAAAUGAUAUGGAUGGGAUUAUGGAUGAAGACGCAGAAACGGCAGAAACCCAUGGUGGUGAGACACGUAGCAAGGUGCAUUGGGAUGAUGACUGUCCUUGGAGUGAAUGGUACUCUGCUGAAGAUCCACUUAAAGGAUUUGAAUUGGUAGUCACAUGGUCUGACAGGACUGUAGAAAACACACUUGAGAUGGCUGAACUUGAAAAUGCUUCACCCAAUGAAGCUGAGAAGUGGGCAUUGCGUGCAAUCUUCUCUCCGUAUCUGGAUGAUCCUUCGCAAGAGAAGAGAAUUGAUUUUGCUUCUCAACUCCUCUGUUUGGUGGAGGCAUUGGAUAUGUCUUUUGAAGCUCAGUUUAUGGAAGAUUUUGUGUCAGUUGAAAAUCCAAGUCCUGAAAAUUUGAAGACCGCAAUGAUCGUACCUCCUCCAACGGUUCUCGAUCGUGUAGUUAAAGAUCUCUUUCAUGAGGGAUCUAAACUCCCAGAUUUUAUUAAAGGCGAGCACAAGUUAUCUCGAGCACUUAAGGGUGCACCGCUUGAAUCUCUUUUUGCACAAUUCUGUUUGCACUCAAUGUGGUUUGGCAACUGCAAUAUCCGUGCUAUUGCUGUUCUCUGGAUAGAGUUUGUCCGUGAAGCUCGCUGGUGUUGGGAAGAGUCACAACCAUUGCCUAAAAUGCCAGUCGAUGGUUCUAUUGAUUUGUCCACAUGUUUGAUCUAUCAAAAGUUGCACCUGCUUUCGAUAUGCAUUGAGAGAAAGCAUGAAAUGAACGAAGAGUUUUUAGACUGUAUAGGAAGUGAAGACAGUUCAGAAGGUGCUGUGGAGGAUCACCACACUGCUGUAAAGACCAUGAAUACAUCUGCAGAUGUAGAGCUACAGAGGAAACUUGACAGCUCAAUCACAGAAGCUACUGUUGAUGGUUUGGGAUUUGAUUCAGAAACUGAGAUCAGGAGUUCUGUGGAAUCAAGACCAGCAAAUGGCAUUAGGAGGGGUUCAGCUGGACCAGUGGGGACCAUGGUACUCCUGAAGUCACACCAGAGCCUACAUGCCCCGUUUACACUCGAUCCUCCUCUUAUGACUGAAGAUAUGCAUGAAGAAAGACUUCAGGCUGUUGAGGCAUUCGGUGAUUCUCUUAACUUUUCUGGCCAGCUAGAGAAAGAUAUUUUAUUGUCAGACAUGUCAGCAUUCAAAGCGGCGAACCCAAAUGCUGUGUUUGAGGACUUCAUCCGGUGGCACUCACCCGGAGAUUGGGAGAGCCAAGAACCUAAAGAUGCUAGUCCAUCCAUAGGCUCCAUGAAGGAAUGCUCACAAGAUAAAUGGCCUCCUCAUGGCCGCCUUUCUCAACGGAUGUCUGAGCAUGGGAACCUGUGGAGGAAAAUUUGGAAUGACGCACCUAGUUUGCCAGCCUAUGACCAAAAACCCCUUCUAGACCCGAACCGAGAAGGAGAAAAGAUUCUUCAUUACUUGGAAACAGUACGGCCGCAUCAGCUUCUUGAGCAAAUGGUCUGCUCUGCCUUCAGAGCAUCAGCCGACACUCUAAACCAAACUAACUAUGGAGACAUGAAACAGAUGACCGCCAAGUUGGAGCAACUCUAUUUCACCAUGAAAUCUACCCUUGGGAUGCUACAACGGAACAACCUUCUGGACAGAGCUGAGACGAUCAAAGACCUGAAACGGCUAUGCAUUGUCUUUGGGCAUGUCGAAAAGUUAAUCACACUCGCGGCAUCUCUUCAUCGGAAGUUCCUCGAAGCACCACGCCUUGCUCAAGUGAUGUUUAGUGACUUCUACAGCUCUUAUGUUCCUAUGAUGGGAAUGGGCUCAAAGGAAGAGAACGAGACCCGGAAGGACAAUGAAGUGAGACAAGAAGAGGUGAGAUUCAGAGAGAGGCAGGUGGUGUCGAAGCUGUUUACGCAGCCAUCGGCCAACCAGUCAUGGAGGAAAGUGCUGAGUAUGGGGAACAUUCUCAACGGCCAUGAACCGAUCCUAAGGGAGAUCAUAUUCUCGAAAAGAGACAGCGCGAGCGACGGCAACCACUACGCGAGCGAGCGAGGCGGAGGGCAAGGCGUUGGCGAAGGAGGAGAAAUCGAGACGCACAGAAUGUACGUGUCCGGAACCUCUAAUGAUCUCCGUGUUGCACUUUCUGUCACAUCGUGCGACUAGAUUCUUUCCAAGUCAUAGCGUGACACAGAAAAUAUUGUUUCAUUGUGGAGUGUGGAGUAAUAUUAUACACAAAUAAGAAACGGUGGAUCUUUUAAGCGAUCGUUUUGAAUGUUAAGCUGUAGGAAUAUCGAGAUUGAAAUUUAUAUUUGACACAUUAGUGAAACUCUGAGUUCAAUAAGUAUUUGAGAGAGUGAUA